AUGCCGACCGAGACCCGGCAAGCCCUCGUCCUCUCCCGCGUCAAGGGCGACUUCCGUGCCAACGCUGCCGAAAAGGACCUCCAGGAGAUUGAAGGCAUGAUCCAAUUGGCAGAACUCCAGGUCGAUAACCUUGAAAUCCAAAGAGACCACUUGACGGAACUGUCAAAGAACCCAAACCUAAUCAUCCCAGUCGACAUCCACAAGAACGCUAAACCAAGGAUCUCGAGGUUCAUGCGUGGACCGCCUCUCAGCUGGGAACGGAAAGCCGCUCAGGAAGCAAAGGAUAAAGCCAAACAACAACAACAACAACAACAACAACAACAACAACAACAACAGCAGCAGCAGCAACCACAGACACAGAAGGCGGACAACCCACGACAUGGGUCUCCAGGACACGUUUGCAAGAACCACAAGCAUUGA